GCCUGGCCAUAGGAAUGAUGUAAUGGGAGGCUACAGAAGAGCAGCCUGUGAAUAUCUGAGUGUUCUCAGAGAACGGCCAGUCCCUCUGAUGUCACCAGAGCUGUUCUGUUGGGAACAGAAACGUGUAGGUGCAGGAACAGCUGCAGCUGCUUGGGAUUGAUGAAAGGAUCAAGGAAGUCACCAGACCACAUUAACUGAUCCUGACAUACCAUGCUGCAAGUCAGCAAAUCUGGGAGAAAUUCUGAGGAAACUCUAACAAAGAACUGUCAUCACAUUUAAGGAUAGUGGCACUCCUGAGGAUUCCAACAGUCCUUUCUCCAGGGAGAAGACAGAAGGAAUGGUUCCGCUGCCAGUUUUGAAACACUGCUUCAAGAGCAUAUAAACCCAGACAUUUUGAGGCUGCAGGAGAGGUCUUUGAGAGUCCUCUGCCACUUUGGGGCUGCGGGCAGAACCCUGUGCUGCUCUUUCUCACGGGGAGCGAGAGCCCUUCACUGAAAUCCUGCCACGAUGCUGCGGCUGCUGCUGCUGCAGGUGUUGGCCAGCUGCCUCUGGCUGGGACACAGCAAGGUGAUUUCGCCCUUUGAAGAUUGUUCUCAGUUUCUCCAUGCAAAGACUCCCCCAAAUAGUGCCCUGAAUCCACAGAACCCAGCCUGGAUCUGUCAGCGCUACAGCAACUCCUAUCACUUUGCCACCCUGUACGACAGAGACAGAAGAAUUCCAGUCUACUCUGCUUACGUAUACAAGCCUGGAUCUGGUGACAAAUCAAAAUCGUUCUUUAUUGAACCUCAGCUGAUCAGCCCAAGUUAUUCCAAGGAUAUGGAUACUGAGUAUACCAUUGAAAAGAAACACAAGAUCACUGCAGAGCAAGUUGGCCAGAGUCAGGCUAUUGACCAAGACUACAAAAACCUUGAGGGUUUGGAGCAUGGUCGCUUGAGCCCCAGUGGCCACCAAAGUGGAACCAAGAGCAAGUCAUCUACCUCCACCCUCACCAACAUAGUGCCCCAGAACAGCAGACUUAACCAGGGUGCCUGGAAAAACUAUCAGAGCAAGACAAUGGACCAACAGACCCAAGGCUGUAAAACCACUUACGUCAUCGUGGGUGCUGUGCCUGGGAACACCAGUGUCUCCAAUAACAGGGUUAAUGUACCCAGCCACAUCUGGUCAGCUGCCUGCUGCCAGACCAAAACAACCAUGAAGACUUGGGCGGUCAUUGCUGAAAACAGCGACAGCCAGGUCGAGAAUCUCACACUGGCCCAGCUGGAGGAGAAGCUGACAGAGCUCUAUGGGAAGGGAAAGGUCUCUCUGUUCGACAGUGCCUGUCCCCGCUAACAAACCUCACAUCCUGGAUGGAAAAGGCUUGGCUGCUUUUCCCACAUGUCAUGGGAUGACAGAAUCAGAGAAUGGGUGGGUUUUGAUGGGACCUUCAAGCCUGAAAGAUCAUAUCAUCCUGACCUGCCAGCCAUUGCCAGGGACACCUUCCACUACAGCAGGUUGUUCCAAGCCCUCCCCAGAGUGGCCUUGAAUGCUUCCAGGGAUGGGACAGUGAAAUCAUCUCAGGGUAGUUUUACUUCUGCCACAGCCAGCUCACUUUGGUAAUUUACUUCUUUAGAAUAUUCCAUCUCAACCCUGCCCCUCAUCAGUGUGAAACCAUCCAUCUUGUCCUGUCACUCCGUAGCCUUGUCCAGAGACCCUCUCCAGCCCUCUUAGAGAUCCUUGAGGUACUGGACUUUCAGGAAUCUUCUCCAGGCUGAACAUCCCCAGCUCUCUCACUCUCUUUCCAGAGUGGAUAUGCUCCAGCCCUCGGAGCAUCUUCAUGGCCUCCUCUGAACUCUACUCCAACAGUUUCGUAACAUUCUUGUGCUGCAGGUCCCAGAGCUGGAGGCAGCACUGCAGGUGGGGUCCUGGCAGAGCAGAGAAGAGCAGAGGGGGACAAAUGUCCUGUGCAGCGUCUGUGCUGCUUCCUUCUCUGGUGUGUUUCCAGCUCUGUCCCUCAGGGCACCUCCUCCUCUGCUCAAAGGCACAAAGAUGUGGGCACAGUCUCCAGCUGCUUUGUUUGCUGCCCAUCUCAGGAGAGAGCUCUCAGCAAUGAGUCCUGUCCUCCUUAGCUGUCCCCGAGAGUGUGCAGGUGACUUGUCCUUCACCUCCUUAGGAAGGCUGUGGGACCAGGGCACCUCACGUUGCCCAGAGAUCUUGUCUGGACAUCUCUGUGUCUGGAGAUACCCAAACCCCAACAAUACAUGAUCCUGGACAACCUGCUCGAACUGAUCCUGCUUGAGCCUGGAGUCUAGACUAGAAGAUGUUGAGAAGUCCCUCCAAAACACAACAAUUCAGUGAUUCUGUGAUCCUGGGACAUGCUUUUGUUUGCUUGCUUUGGAAACUGCAUCUUGAGAGCAGCACCUGCUGUAUCAGACAGGCAGGCUUUGGCAUCAGAUAUACAGAAAGCUUUGAGCAGCCAAAGCUCGGUUCCUGGGAUGCACUGCUUGGACACCUUCAUGCUCUGCUCUGCUUCUGAAGCUGUUCUGCAGAUUUAGGGGAAACUAAUUUGGGCCAAUGUAUUCAAUGGUUGUAAAAGAUCAAUGUGUUCCACAGCAUGGAGUUUGCA